AAAAUUUUAGUAGAGCUACACAGAAAGAAGCAUUUUUUCGGAUCUGAGAUCUUUAGAUCCGAACAUCAUUUGUUUGAAAUCUUUGAUUCAAGGUGUAAAAAAAGGUUUAAGGAAUCUUAGCCAUGUCGAGACGGCAAGUAACGAGGCGUGUAGGGGAUAGUGGAAGCUUUCCAUUUGUCGGAGCUUUGCACUCAAAAUCCCGUUCGUCUCCUCUGUUAUCUGUUUGCCUUGUUCUCGUGGGAGCGUGUCUUCUCAUUGGUUAUGCUUACAGUGGUCCAGGUAUGUUCAAAAGUAUUAGAGAAGUCAGCAAGAUUUCAGGUGACUAUUCUUGCACAUCAGAAGUUCAAAGAGCUAUUCCUGUUCUUAAAAGUGCCUACGGAGAUAGCAUGCGCAAAGUACUGCAUGUGGGUCCUGAAACAUGCUCAGUGGUGUCGAGUCUGUUGAACCAAGAAGAGACUGAAGCAUGGGGUGUUGAGCCGUAUGAUGUAGAGGAUGCAGACUCUAACUGCAAAAGUCUUUUACACAAAGGCCUUGUACGUGUGGCCGACAUUAAAUUCUCUCUGCCAUACCGGUCCAAGUCGUUUUCUCUUGUGAUCGUCUCAGAUGCUUUGGACUACCUCUCACCUAGGUACCUGAACAAAACUGUUCCUGAACUUGCGCGGGUUGCUUCAGAUGGUGUUGUUCUUUUUGCAGGUAACCCUGGUCAACAAAAGGCUAAAGGCGCGGAAAUGUCAAAAUUUGGACGACCGGCUAAAAUGCGUAGCUCGUCGUGGUGGAUCCGUUUCUUCUCACAGACGAAUUUAGAGGAAAACGAAGCAGCAAACAAGAAAUUUGAGCAAGCAGCUACCAAGAGUUCAUACAAACCAGCUUGUCAAGUUUUCCACCUCAAGCCAUUACAUUAGUACACUAUUAUUACUGGUUCUAAAACAUGAAACCAGAUAUAUCUCAUCUCUGUUAAAUGCAUUUUUCAAUAUAGAAAGAAACACAACUGUCACAAAUUGUAAACCAAACUCAACUAUUUGAUUCAAAAUUUAACUAUUUAAUAAAUUAGCCUGCAUUUAUAUGA